UUGGUGGGGCGGAACUGUAGCAACGAAGGCACAAAAACACGUAGGAAUGGUAUGAAGUCUGUAGGGAGUGAGAGCCCUGUACUGCGAUGAAAGCCCAUGUGUACCAGGCAAACAUGGAACGACAGAGGGAGUUGUAUUCUUAAAGAGAGCCCGAAAGGAUAACAGUCGCUCUUGAAGCCUCUUCUUUGAAAGUAGACCCCCAAGAUGCAGUGGCAGAAGACAUGGGAGAUUUGCAAGUUAUCGGCCGUGCUGCAUCUACUUCUAGCCGUCUCGACACCGGUGCAUUCCAUCAAAUGUUACGAAUGCGACCCGGAGGAUGACUACAUUUGCUCACCCACGGAGUUGUUCGGGGAGUCCGUCCAAUGUGCCGAUGAUGUGACCACGUGUCAUAAGGGCUUCACAGUUGAGGCCAACAACGAAAUUACUCGAUCCUGUGGGGAUCCCCGAGAUGAGCCUGACGAGGGAGACGAAUGUCCCAUGGUCCACGAGAUCGAUGGAAAUGAUCGGAAAAUAUCUUGCCAUUGUGGAACGGAUCUUUGCAAUAUGGCUUGCAUUGGUACCGAGAUCCAAUAUUGGCUUUGUCCUGUCGCGCUCAUGCUGUCUCUCCUUCAGCAUGGCACUCAGUAAUAGGCAACUUGAUACCAUACCAAUAUUUAAUGUACUACGGUAGAAAAUAAUGUACUAAUAAAUCACGACUUCCUGACUUUGA